AUGAAUGCUACAAGUAGCAUUGACAAUACUCUUUCAACCACAUCAUAUCAACUCAAUAUUUGGUUUGGUUCAUUUCUUUGGAUAGCAGGUAAUCUUGGUUGUAUUGGUAAUAUGAUAGUGUUUUGUUCUCAAUCAUUUCGUAAACGAGCUUAUUCAAUUUAUUUAUUUGCGGCUGCAGUGGCUAAUUUACAUUAUUUCAAUUUUGUACUACUUACGCGAAUAAUUCAAAAUGGCUUUCAAUUUCCAAUUAUGAAUCGUUUCAUUAUUAUCUGUAAACUUCGACAAUUCAGUACAAUAUGGGGUAAUGUAGUCUCUUAUAGCUUAUUUGCAUUUGCAAUACUUGACCGAGUUUUGUCAACACAACGUUCAAAUAGAUGUCGACAAUGGAGUAAUCGUGUUUCACUAGCAUAUAGAAUGGUUAUCGUAAUUCCAGUCUUUUGGUUUCUUCUUCUUAGUCAUCGAAUUGUGUUAUAUAGCAUAAACAAUGGUAUUUGUAGUCCUUUAAAAGGUUUCUAUGCUGUCUAUGAUACUUACUUUCAAGUUAUUUUUUCUUCAUUUUGUCCAGUAAUUGCUAUGUCUAUCCUGGCUUAUUUUUUAAUGAAAAAUGUUCGAGGAGUUGCUCAACGAAGAAUUCAACCCACUAAUAAUGUGUCUUCAAUCAUCAUUCGAAACAAUUCAAUAAUCAAUCAAAUGGAUUCACAAUUAACAAUAAUGUUAACAUUAGAAUCACUUAUCACCAUUAUAACAUAUGUUCCAUACGCUGCGCAGUUAAUUUAUGUAAAUAUAACACAAGAAUGGUACAAAACACCAUUACAAUUGGCUUGGGAAAAAGUAUUUACUGAAUUAAUUCAUUUAUUUUCAUAUCUUUUUUUCGCGACGAGUUUCUAUGUGUCAAUCAUUUCAAAUGUUGGUUUUCGUCGAAAAUUCAAAAAAAUAUUAGACAUGAAAAGAUACAAUGACUCAACAAAUCAUACACUUACUUUUCACCGUACUUGA